UCCCCAGCACACCGCACCCAGCGCGCCGCCCCGGCGAGAGCCCACCCCCCCACCCGACCAUGGCGGACCGCGGAGGCGAGAGAGGCGGCGAGCGCGGCGGGGACCGUGGCGGCUUUGGCCGCGGGUUCGGCCGCGGCGGGCGCGGCGACCGCGGCGGGCGCAGGGGCGGCAGGCGCGGCGGCCGCCAGCAGGAGGAGGAGAAGUGGGUGCCCGUGACCAAGCUCGGGCGCCUCGUGAAGGAGGGCAAGAUCCGCAAGAUCGAGGAGAUCUACCUCCACUCGCUCCCCGUCAAGGAGCACCAGAUCGUGGAGGCCAUCGUGCCGGGGCUCAAGGACGAGGUCAUGAAGAUCACGCCCGUCCAGAAGCAGACACGCGCCGGCCAGCGCACGCGGUUCAAGGCCUUCGUCGUCGUCGGCGACGGCGACGGCCACGUCGGGCUCGGGGUCAAGUGCGCCAAGGAGGUGGCCACGGCCAUUCGCGGCGCUAUCAUCCUCGCCAAGCUCUCGGUUGUCCCCGUCAGGAGGGGGUACUGGGGGAACAAGAUCGGGCAGCCCCACACCGUGCCGUGCAAGGUCACCGGCAAGUGCGGGUCCGUCACCGUGCGCAUGGUGCCGGCGCCCAGGGGGUCUGGGAUUGUCGCCGCGCGCGUGCCCAAGAAGGUGCUCCAGUUCGCCGGCAUCGAGGAUGUGUUCACCUCCUCCCGCGGCUCCACCAAGACGCUCGGUAACUUCGUCAAGGCCACCUUUGAUUGUCUCAUGAAGACCUACGGCUUCCUCACUCCUGAGUUCUGGGCUGAGACUAGGUUUGCCAAGACCCCGUUCCAGGAGUUCACUGACCUCUUGGCCAAGCCAACAAAGGGGCUUGUGAUUGAGGCCCCUGUGGAGACGGUAGAAGCUUAAACCUGUUGGAGGUUCAGAACAAAGUUUGCAUGUAGUAGAAAACUGGUUUUCUUAUCUACUUUUGUGUGGUUUUGUAUUACUGUCUUGCAUAUCUCAGUUUUGAAUUGUGAAACCUUAAGGUAUGCACUUAAAUAUCCAGAUGGUCUGUUGUUUCUACUGUUUGA